ACAGUGUCAUAACAAAAAAAUUAUAAUGGAAAAAGUACCCGAAAAACCCGACGUUCCAACAGACACAACCAUAAAAGCACCGAGACCGUCGUCACCAAGAAAAUUUUUCGCGCGUAUUUAUGGUCAUCUAGAGGAUAAUUCCACAGAUAAUGAUCGAAAUCGACCACAAAGAACUGAAUCACAUGAAAGUGGAUCAUCCUCGGAUUUGGAAAUAGGGGAAGUGGAUACUCAAAGACCGCAGUGGCCCCAAGUUCCCUUACCUUUGUGUCCUCGUCCUAUACUGAUGCCUCAUCAUCAGCUUGCCUUCGGUGCUGGUCUCGCUGCGUUCCUAGCCCGAAGAAGACGCAAAGAGAGCCGGCCGCGACGACAACGUACCACAUUCUCUGCCCAUCAGACACUUCGCUUGGAGCUUGAAUACGCAAGAGGAGAGUACGUUGCACGUGCUAGAAGAUGUGAAUUAGCGUCCGCCUUAUCACUUAGCGAAACACAAGUUAAAAUCUGGUUUCAAAACAGAAGGGCAAAAGACAAAAGAAUUGAGAAAGCGCAUUUGGACCAACAAUACAGACAAUUAGCGGCGGCAUCCGGUUUCUUUCCGACCAUGUUACCGCCGUCAUACAACGCGCCACCCUGUCCCUGCUUACCAAUACAACCUUCGUCCUUGGCCAAUGAUAAAUAAACACGCACAACAAAAUCUUCUGAAUAGUACGUUAAUCCGCUAUUCUGUUAUUUAAUAGUGAUCGUAGGGUUGAAAAACUUAAAAAAGGGAUACUUUAAUUUUAACCUUAAUUUCUAAUGACCGUAUGAGAAAGUUCAAGGACAUAUUAGGGGUCAUUAACUCCACCCAAAUGCCAUAUUGUGAAGCAAUAUAAUUUGUACUCCGGUUUCCUCAGGCAAAACAUUUUAUGAUUCUAGACCUAAGUUUUUUUUAAAUGCUUUUGAUUGAUACUGUUGUAUGUAAAUUAGGGUAGAAGGAUCAUUUUGUAUAUUAUGCGUGUUAAUUUGUUUAGUUAUAUUUCUUACGGAUAUUUUUCAAGAGGGUUCUUUUUAAAGUAGGAUUUAAUAUUGAUCGAAUCUUAAAAGUAUUUAAAGUUGAUGCAAUGAUAG